AUGUCGAAAAACAAGAUUCAACGUGUCACAAUCAUUGGCGCAGGUCCAGGUGGAUUAACAUUAGCUCGUAUUCUUCAAUUGAAAGGCGUAGAAGUCAAAAUUUAUGAACGGGAAGAUUCAAUCGAUGUUCGAUCUCAAGGUGGAACAUUGGAUUUGCAUGUCGAAUCAGGACAAUAUGCACUUCGCCUAGCAGAGUUGUAUGACAAAUUUCAAGCGCUGUGUCGUCCCGAAGGAGAAGAUACAAUUAUUCUUGAUAAAACUGGUACUGUUUAUUAUGAAGAAGUCGAUGCUGGACAUGAAUUAAAUCGACCAGAAAUUGAUCGACAAGAUCUUCGACAAAUACUUCUCGAUUCAUUAAAACCAGAUACGAUUGCACAAGGACAUGUUUUACGUAGUAUUGAAUGUUUAGACAAUGGUCAGCAUAAGCUAAUCUUUGACAAUGGUGUAACAGAUAUUGUUGACUUGGUUGUUGGAGCAGAUGGCGCGUGGUCACGUGUUCGUUCGCUAGUAUCUAACGCAAAGCCUGAAUAUUGUGGUGUAUCAAUGGUAGAAGUACAAUUUUCAGACGUCGACAAUCAGCAUCCCGAAAUAUCAAAACUCGUAGGUCGUGGAACUUUAUCUGCUCUAUCGGAUAACAAAGGCCUUAUUGCUCAACGCAAUGGUUACAAUCGAAUUCGUGUCUAUAUUACACUCCGUGUUCCCGAGAAUUGGAUCGUUGAAUCGAAAAUUCCGUUUGACCAACCAGACCAAGCUCGUGCACGUUUACUGGAUUUGUUUUCCGACUGGAAUCCAAGUCUUUUAAACUUCAUUCACUCUUGCGACGAUAGUUUUGUUCCACGUAGAUUGUACGCGUUGCCAGUUGGUCAUCGAUGGGACUCAAAACCUGGUGUAACACUGCUCGGCGAUGCUGCUCAUCUUAUGUCUCCAUUUGCUGGUGAAGGAGUAAAUUUAGCUAUGUUCGAUGCAGCAGACUUGGCACUGGCAAUCAUCAAUGCAGAUGAUCUCGAGCAAGCAAUAAAAGACUAUGAAGAAAAAAUGUGCACUCGAGCUGCGCAGUCAGCCGAUGAAUCAGCGAGAAAUCUCGAUGUAUUUAUCGGACCUGGUAAUACAGGACAGAUUGUAGCAGAAUUUUUCAAAAAACUCAUGGCCAGUAUGGCAGCUAACGAGAACGCAUGA